GGUGGUCCUGAAACUUGGCGGAGCCGUGGAGCCGAAUCCCCCCUGACUUGGCUCCCUGCACUGGGCCUGCCAUUGUGUGCGCUGUCAGUGUCGCGGGUUUUGUUUUGGUGUUGCGAAGAUUGUUUUGAGGCCGAAGCCGCUAGGCAGCGCUCCACCUACCGAGCGGCCACCGAUGUCUGCUGCUAGUCGGUGUGCUGGUAACCGGGGUGCGCUCAGGGAUUCGUCCCGCGUGCCGCCCAGAGAAGCCCGUCCACCUGAAGUUACCCUGGACCCAAAAGUAGACUGCACGGCCCCUUCGCAAGUCGAAGCUCGAGCACGGGUGGACCCUUGGUUUGCCCCCUACCACCCUAGCCCCGGGCUGCCAGGGCUUGUCACCUUUAGGUUGACAAGCGCAGACCCAGCAGAAAAUGGGCGGUUUUCCCGUUAGCCGGAGUCUUUCUCAAAGUCCGAGGUAUCGCCUUUCCCAGCAUUGGUUCCCCUGCGCCCCGACGAGCCCCGUGCAGUCUUCCCCUCCUGGGUCAGAUAGAAGCGCUCUGAGUGGAAAAGAUGGUUGGACGCUUCCUUUUCAAUCCAAAUAAACUGAAAGCAUGUUCAAGGCUUAAAAAAAAAAAGUUAUCAAGCUUUUGCUGUUUCACAAAAAACCGAUUGGGAGGUAGCUAUUAAAAGUAUUAAUAAAAAGAACUUGUCAAAAUCACAAAUACUGCUUGGAAAGGAAAUUAAAAUCUUAAAGGAACUUCAGCAUGAAAAUAUUGUAGCACUCUAUGAUGUUCAGGAAUUACCCAACUCUGUCUUUUUGGUGAUGGAGUAUUGCAAUGGUGGAGACCUGGCAGAUUAUUUGCAAGCUAAAGGAACUCUCAGUGAAGAUACUAUCAGAGUGUUUCUGCAUCAGAUUGCAGCUGCCAUGCGAAUCCUGCACAGCAAAGGAAUAAUCCACAGAGAUCUCAAACCACAGAACAUCUUGUUGUCUUAUGCCAAUCGCAGAAAGUCCAGUGUCAGUGGUAUUCGCAUCAAAAUAGCGGAUUUUGGUUUUGCUCGUUACCUGCAUAGUAACAUGAUGGCUGCUACCCUGUGUGGAUCCCCAAUGUACAUGGCUCCUGAGGUUAUCAUGUCUCAACAUUAUGAUGCCAAGGCAGACUUGUGGAGCAUAGGAACAGUGAUAUAUCAAUGCCUCGUAGGAAAGCCACCUUUUCAGGCCAAUAGUCCUCAAGACUUAAGGAUGUUUUAUGAAAAAAACAGGAGCUUAAUGCCUAGUAUUCCCAGAGAAACAUCACCUUAUUUGGCUAAUCUUCUUUUGGGUUUGCUUCAGAGAAACCAAAAAGAUAGAAUGGACUUCGAGACAUUUUUUAGCCAUCCUUUCCUUGAGCAAGUUCCAGUAAAAAAAUCUUGCCCAGUCCCAGUGCCUGUGUAUGCCAGCUCUGUCUCUGCAAGUUCCUGCGGCAGCUCUCCAUCCUGUCGUUUUGCUUCUCCACCAUCCCUUCCAGAUAUGCAGCAUAUUCAGGAAGAAAACUUAUCUUCCCCACCAUUGGGUCCUCCCAACUAUCUACAAGUGUCCAAAGAUUCUGCCAGUACUAGUAGCAAGAACUCUUCUUGUGACACGGAUGACUUUGUUUUGGUUCCACACAACAUCUCGUCAGACCACUCAUGUGAUGUGCCAAUGGGAACUGCGGGCAGACGUGCUUCCCAUGACUUCUUGGUGUGUGGAGGGCAGUGUCAGCCUACCAUGUCACCUCACAGCGAAACAGCCCCAAUUCCAGUUCCUACUCAAAUAAGGAAUUAUCAGCGCAUAGAGCAAAAUCUGACAUCCACUGCCAGCUCAGGCACAAAUCCACAUGGUUCUCCAAGAUCUGCAGUGGUACGAAGGUCCAACACCAGCCCCUUGGGCUUUCUCCGGCUGGGAUCCUGCUCCCCCGUGCCAGCAGACACAGUCCAGACAGGUGGACGAAGACUCUCCACUGGGUCUUCCAGGCCUUAUUCACCUUCCCCUUUGGUUGGUACCAUUCCUGAGCAGUUUAGUCAGUGCUGCUGUGGACAUCCUCAGGGCCAUGAAUCUAGAAGUAGAAACUCUUCAGGAUCUCCAGUGCCGCAGGCUCAGUCACCACAGCCUCUCCUAUUGGGUGCUAGACUGCAGAGCGCCCCCACCCUCACUGACAUCUAUCAGAACAAGCAGAAGCUCAGAAAACAGCAUUCUGACCCAGUGUGCCCAUCCCAUGCCGGGGCUGGGUACAGCUGCUCACCUCAGGCUAGUCGUCCUGGCAGCCUCGGAACCUCUCCCACCAAACACAUGGGAUCCUCUCCACGGAGCUCUGACUGGUUCUUUAGAACUCCAUUACCAACAAUCAUUGGCUCUCCUACUAAGACCACAGCUCCUUUCAAAAUCCCUAAAACGCAAGCGUCUUCCAACCUGUUAGCCUUGGUUCCUCGUGAAGGGCAACCCAGAGACAGGAGUGACCCGCGGGAGUGCGCCCACUGCCUCUCAGGGCACGGGAGUGAGAGGCCACGCUCUGAACAGCAGAACAAAGCAGAGUUUGGCAGGUCUGUCAGUACUGGGAAAUUAUCAGAUCAGCAAGUAAAGACACCUUCAGGUGGACACCGGGGCAGCACAGACAGUUUAAAUACUGAGCGGCCAAUGGAUGUAGCUCCUGCAGGAGCCUGUGGUGUUGUGCUGGCGCCUCCUACAGGGACAGCAGCAAGUUCUAGGGCUGUCCUCUUCACUGUAGGGUCCCCUCCACACAGUGCCACAGCCCCCACUUGUACCCACAUGGUCCUUCGGACAAGAACAACCUCAGUGGGGUCCAGCAGCUCGGGAGGCUCUCUGUGCUCUGCGAGUGGCCGUGUGUGUGUGGGCUCCCCACCUGGGCUGGGCGUGAGCUCUUCCCCUCCGGGAGCAGAGGCAGCUCCCAGCCUGAGAUUCGUGCCUUACGGUGCUUCACCCCCCAGCCUAGAGGGGCUCAUCACCUUUGAAGCCCCUGAACUGCCGGAGGAGACGCUGAUGGAGCGCGAACACACAGACACCUUGCGCCAUCUGAACGUGAUGCUGAUGUUCACCGACUGCGUGCUGGACCUGACGGCCAUCCGGGGAGGAAACCCUGAGCUGUGCACAUCUGCAGUGUCUUUGUACCAGAUUCAAGAGAGUGUGGUUGUAGACCAGAUCAGUCAGCUGAGCAAAGACUGGGGGAGGGUGGAGCAGCUGGUGUUGUACAUGAAGGCAGCACAGCUGCUGGCGGCUUCUCUGCAUCUUGCCAAAGCUCAGAUCAAGUCUGGGAAACUGAGCCCGUCCACAGCUGUGAAACAAGUUGUCAAAACUCUGAAUGAACGCUAUAAAUUCUGCAUCGCCGUGUGCAAGAAACUUACAGAAAAGCUGACGCGCUUCUUCUCUGACAAACAGAGGUUUAUUGAUGAAAUCAACAGUGUGACAGCAGAGAAGCUCAUCUAUAACUGUGCUGUAGAAAUGGUUCAGUCUGCAGCCCUGGAUGAGAUGUUUCAACAGACGGAAGACAUAGCGUAUCGCUAUCAUAAGGCAGCCCUUCUUUUGGAAGGCCUAACUAAGAUCCUACAGGACCCUGCAGAUAUUGAAAAUGUACAUAAAUAUAAAUCUAGUAUUGAAAGAAGACUGUCAGCACUCUGCUACAGCCCGGCGCCCAUGUGAUCAGCAGCAGGCUCGCCCUGUGGACCGGCGGGAGGAGUGUGAGGUGAAGCAUUGGGGGUGACAGCUGGGGCUCAGUCACCCAUCCCCAGGAAGCUGUAGUUUCUUAACUGGUGACUACCAAAGAACAAGCAGUGAUUUCAAAUGGAAAAACAAUCCAAAAACUACAUAUUUGUAGGAAAUCUGCCUUAUUGGAGAAGUCACCCCUUCCCUUUUCCUUUGUAGAAGCGGAAGAGUGGCCUACUUGGCUCCCAAUCUGAAUUUGAUAAAUAAAUGUACCUUAGAGCUAGAAUUAUCAGUACAGUUAUUCUUAAGAAUAAUUAAAAACACAACAAAGUGAGUGGCUCUUCACUCAGUUCACCAGAGCAAUGUGUGAAAUUUCAUGUGUUUGCUGAAGCAUAAAAGUAAAAAAGUCUGUAUCUCAUCCAGGCAGUUUGAUAUUUAGGAUAAGUUUGUCAAAUCUGAGCACACAUCUUCAAACAGCUCAGGAAGAAAUAACUGAAGAAGCAGCAAAAGAUGGCUCCCAGAAGAAAUUUUGAAGCCUUCAAUUUGAUCUAAUACGGACACAUAUUAAUCUUCCAUAAAAUCUUUCAUAUUGCACUAAUUUAUUAAAACAACUGUAUAUUGGAUUUUGCAAUUUAAAACUAACUGAGGCACAAUGGACUUGUUUAAAAUAUUUUACUUGAUUAUAUACAUAUAUCCUUUCCAGAAUUCACUUGUAAUCUGGAGCAAACUUUUAAAUGGUCAAAAACUUGUGUUCGUGUGAACCUUUGCAUUAUUUUCUACCUAUUCAUCUACACCUACAGAUUUCCUCAGUAAUAUUUUGAGUUGCUGGUGGUUUGCUUUGGGUUGCAUUUUUUUAUUGUGCAUGCAGAAUGUGCAUUGGUGCCUGUGACCUUAGGUUUAUUAAAGGCUAGGUUUAUUUGGGCAGUAUUAGAAAAAAGUAUCAUGAACCAAGAGGUACUCUUGAGAAUUUUAAUAGGGCCAAAACAAAGUUGGUGACCUAAAAGCUUGUUAAUAAUGUGGAGUUUCUACACAAAGUUAGUGAAAAAUAAGGUUUGUUUUCUGUUAGGAAAAUGGGCAGCUCUCUCCAGCGUGAUGUGUGUGUCUCCUGUUAAUUCUGACAAUUCACCAAAUAGCUAGUCACGCAGAAUGCGGGCAGGUGACCUGAUACCCCUCCAAGGCACGGUUCCUGUGUUGUAUGUAUAUUUCUGGGUUUCUUUUACUUACCUGCUUGAAUACUUGAAUAAACCCUUCACCAAUUUUAAUCUUUUUAUUUUAAUCCUUUCACAUAAAAUAAUCUGAACUCUCCAACGAAUUACACAGAAGCUCUUUGGCACUAAUCUAAUUUUAGUGUACUGAUAAAAAUAAGCAGAAAAAAACAUGGUUUUCCUUUGACAAAGUAAUGUAAUUUUUACCUUAUUUAUCUGUAUGAAAUUCCAGCGGUUAAUUUGAACAUUUAUUUACAUGAUGUUUAUAUUUUUAGUCUUUAAUACAGUGUUUCUACCUCUCAUUUGUAACUGCACGCGUUAUUCAUGAAACUUGGUAAAACUCCCAGAAUUGUUAUGUAAUAGCCUUUUUAUUAUUACCUGUACAAAUACAUAUUAAGUAAAAUAAAACUGACCAAGUGUUUCUAGGGUUGGAUCCAUAUGAAGGGGCUUGUCAACCAGACCCUUCUCAGUGGGUUCAGAGGCUGGAUCCUUCACGUCCUCUGUCCUGCCCCUUGCUGUUCGUGAUACUGUCUUUUGUGUAAUUUUUUGAGUGUACAGUGCAGUUUCAUUCACGUUCUCUCGGUUAGCACCUUGUUGUCUCAGUUGUAGGUUUCUUCUGUCCUCUGCUCUCCUGCUCCCACCUUUUAUUUACAUAGGAUGAAACAGGUUCAGAGAGGGUUUGAGUGACCGGUCUGAAGUCAGGACCUAGGCAAGUGGCCAGGCCAUGCGAAGCCAUGGACGGUGUGUGUGACGCAGUAAAGUCGUGAUGGCAGAGAAGAACAAACUGUAAAUUCAUGAGUAAUGGUUCUGAUUAUACUUCCAUUAUCAAGGCUCGUUGUUUUAAGAGAUUUUGCCUUGAUUAUAGCAAUAAUAAACAAAUGCUUUAUGUUUCUGUGAGUAUUUUUUAAUUUCAUAUUGUGUAUUUCAUAAAGUAGAAAUGAACUAGUUCACAUGUUCACAGGUAGACACCUGCAUUCAAGCCAUAAUCUGGAAAUUACUGACCCUGCAAACAUAAAUAGAAGAAUAAUUAGUGGAUUUGCUAGUUCUCUGGCUGUUUCUCCUGUAAGGAUCUGCUGCAGCUGCACCCUGCCUGCGCUUCCCUCCUCCCUUCCCUCCUCAUUUUCAGAGCCUGUGAGAAUACUUCCUUUGAGGGAUGAGCCAAAAUGAUAUUUUCUUCACCUGAAUCAGAGGAAACCACAUCAGAAACGAUCCACCUAGAAAAGCACUGCAAGCAGGAAAACCACGACAGUCGUCCCUGAAAAUCACACCAUGUGCUCAAGAGGUGAAGCCAAAACUGCUAAAGGAUCGGUGGAAAUUUGAUGAUCGGCUACACAGGAGAAAGCAGUGGGGGCCGAGAUCCUGCCGCCAGCGUGAGCCAGUGCAGGGCAGGGCAGUGGAGGGCUGUGCAGAGACACAGCCACAGGCAAGGGCCCGGCCCCAUGUGGCCCCUGGCCUGUGUGGUCCUGAGUGAGGCUACGUCUGCUGCCCUGUGCAUGGAAUUAGUCCAUGGGACUUCCCCCUUUCAUAGACUCCCUCUCGGCCUGGUUUUUAGUAUGUUGUAAGCAUUGUUUUUGUCAUCAUAGGUGUCCUCUUCUAAAGCUCUGCCGGGCAUCUCCUGGAGCGGGUCUGGAGCAGCAGAGGCUAUAAUGGUGAUUAAGUGCUGGGUACCAGGAGGGCCACAAGCUCAGCUGCCCCCUGCCCUUGGCUGAGGUCUCCACACACUCAAGGUGCAGUGUCCCCUCCCUGGGACCAUCCUGCUCUUGGACAGUUUGUCUCUAUCAUUAGGAAAUGUGGCUUGAACUUGUUUUUUAAAAACUGUGUUCUAUACCCCUUUUGAGGUUUCUGCAGCUAAAUUUGGCAGUGUAGCUUGGCCUCACUCUCACACUGUAGCUCCACCAUGCAGAGCUGUGUCCUCAGGCACCUCUUCCUAUCUGUCAGACAGGAGAAGAGUGUACAUCUCAGAGUGGGGCUGAGAAGUAAGUAAGUUAGCAGUUAGAGGAUGUGAAAUUGCUUGAACAACACUGGCAGAUGUUGUGGGUGGUCACUCUGCAGCUCCUUGCCAGUCUUUUAUUGUGGGAGGAGGUGAAGAAGAAUUUGUGUUUGUGUGGAGCGAGGCUGGGAUUUAGGGCUUUAUGGAACCACAUGUGCUGUGGCUGGACAGCUUCUGAAAGAACAUGUUCCUUGCAUAAAUGUCAUUUUCCCCAAGUUACCCAUGAGGUACCCUGGCUUUGCUUUAAAUUGCCCUUGUAGGGAGGCACCUGUGGCUCAGUGAAGAGGGUGCCGGCUCAAUAUACCGAGGGUGGCAGGUUCAAACCCGGCUCUGGCCAAACUGCAACAAAAAAUAGCUGGGCAUUGUGGCGGGCGCCUAUAGUCCCAGCUACUCAGGGGGCUGAGGCAAGAGAAUCGCCUAAGCCCAAGAGCUGGAGGUUGCUGUGAGCUGUUACGCCACAGCACUCUACCGAGGAUGACAGAGUGAGACUCUGUCUCUAGAAAAAUAAAAAUAAA